ACAGGAAUGCACACACGUCAUUCUGAAUCCAAAGGACUGACAACAUUUCAGUCAGAACUGAAGUACAUUUUGCGUCCCAGAUGGACUCUCCGACCAAAACAGGGAAGGUUUACCUCCAAUCACACAGAACCGACAAAAAAUGGAAGCCCGUGUGCUUGUCUCUUUUCCCCCCCAGUGACAGUGCAACGGGGCCCUGGGAUCCAGGACUGAGAGGUGCUGGCGCUGAAGGUGAUCAUAUGUCUGCUGUCAGGAGACACUAUCAGCCUCAUGUGGACAGGAAGGUGAAGGUGCUGCGACUGUCCGAGCUGAUCAGCGUCCUCAGACUCCCCCCGAACGCUGAAGCCUGUCCUAUGGAGAACAUGUCGGCGUUUUGUGUGGAGACCCAGGACAGAACCAUGGUGUUCGCUGCGCUAAAGGACGACUGUGUGGAGUGGGUAGAAAAACUGUGUCUCCACACGUUUCAGAGAGGUGUAGCCCCCGGCUCUACUCAGCUUCACAUGGAGGAGAACCAGAUCUAUGCCUCAGCAGAUGAAGCCUCAGAGUUCUGGGUAAUGGUUCAAAAGACUGAGGCAGCGACACGCUGCGGCCUGCAGGGGUCGUACUGGCUGGAGGUGGGGCGAGAGGCGCUGCUACUGAGAGAAACACAGAAGAACAUUGUCAGAGAGUGGCCGUAUAAACUGCUGAGACGAUAUGGGAACGAUAAGCUGGCCUUAACCAUCGAAGCAGGACGACGCUGUGACUCUGGUCCUGGAACAUUUACCUUUGAGACACAGCAGGCUGAGAAGAUAUUUGCCCUAAUUCAGAGUACCAUCAAACAGAAGACUCUUACUGUAGGCAACCAAAACCAAGAGGGUCAGAAAGUUAUGGUAACCAACAUACGGGCUCAUUCCCCGCUCCCCAGAGUACCAGAUGUGACUAGUAUUGCUGUGAAUCUGGAAAACAAACUGAGGACACAGGACAGUAAAUGUGCUGCUGUAGAAGAGAGUGCACGUGCCCAGGAAGAUUUGGUUGGUCCAUCAGAGAGUGCAUUGGUGCAGCCAGUGCCAAUCACCCUCAUGCCUCUUCCACUGGUGCCCACACAUGGCAGCCGCUCCGGAGGACACCUCGAUGGCCAAUCAGAAGCUAUAUAUGCUGACCCAGCUGAUUACAUCCAACCUGUACCAAAAGCGCAACCGUCCGUUGCUCUGUAUGUAGACGCUGCAAGUGUUCUCCCGCUCAAACCCCCCAGCUCCAGAGAAUCUGUCACUCCGUCUCCUAACCUCUCUAUUUCACAUCCCUGCUUCCCCUCCGAUACACCAGAUUCAGUCUAUGCAGAGGUCUACGACAAAAUCAGUCCGGCUCAAAAUAUACAAGUUGCAAAUGACGAACCCAUUUAUACUGAGCCAAUGAGCAAGGGGGAGAAAUGUGAUAAAAAAGAAGGCAAAGCAGACCCGUUUGCACACCUUUAUGCUCAUGUCUGGAAAACAACCCCAUCAUCCAACAACGCCAUCCCUUCCUGCGCUUCUAUGAGCACCGCUGACGCCACAGCCAAGUCUGUUGAUGAUGUCAUCUACGAAAACCUUGGCAGCAUUUAAUUUAGUUGUCAAGUGUAUAUAUAUAUAUAUAUCAUGCUACAAUGCCUAAACCAAGUCUAUGCAGAGCCUGACAUUUAUUUUUGUACAAUGACUGUAAAGAAGAAAUAGAGUAAGCACAGCUCCUGUAUGGAUUGGCUUUCUGUUGUGUAUCUGUAUACAAACUAUUGUUCAUUAGUUCUGAAGAAAACAGGGCUGUGUGACUGGCUAUUCAUUAAUAAGCAAGUAACCAAAAAAAUGAAAUAAUAAUAAAUAAUAGUAGAACUUGUAACAACCAUGGUGUGCUCACCAACACAUCCUAAAUAGAACCAUCAUGCUAAGUGUUGCACUCGAUUAGCAUUGCUGGGCUCAUGGUUAGCAGGUAAAAUCGAUAAAAAAGCAGAACAAGAGCUAAUGGAAUUCAUAGUCAAUAACCCUCAUUUAUAUAGAAUUAUACCUAAUAUUUCAGUUAAAAAAGCAGAAAUUAUGAAUUAUUUUGACUAAUAGUCAGACAGAGGAAUGUACAGAUGAGUUUAGUCAGUGAUCAAUUGUAUUUGCAAAGAGUCCAAUUCAUUUUUUUUUUUGUGGUAAUUUGCUUAAAAAGAAACCCAUAUUUCAGAUAUAGACAUUUUUUAAAGGGGUCAAAUUUGACCCGAGGACGACAGGAGGGUUAAUGCCAUAAAGUGGCAACUAUAUCUGAAAAUGUUACAUGUAUGUAUGUUGGUUUACAUAUGAUGUUCUUCUGCUGUAGGCCUAUAAGUAUCCUAUAGUCCUUUCAUUUGAGAUUAUUUUUUCAUUAAACUGUGUAUAAUGAUGCAUAAAUAGUGAAGAUGCUUGUGUGUAUGUAUGUAAAUCCUCUCCUGGCUUAAAUUCCACCAAUUCUGUAACCACUGUGUAUAUCAUGUUUUUAUUGUUGGUUGAAGCAAUUUCCCACAACCCAACCCAAUUUUUGCAGUGUGUAAUUAAAGCAAAUACUAUAUUAAU